CUAUAGUUGAAUGCGUCUGGGUAGCGUCUGGUUGCAGAGCAGUUAUAGCAAGAUCAUUCAUUCACACCAUGACUGAGCGAUACAGUUUUUCCUUGACAACUUUUAGCCCAUCUGGGAAGCUAGUACAGAUCGAGUAUGCCCUAAAUGCUGUGGCAGCAGGUGCCCCCUCUGUGGGCAUCAAGGCAUCCAAUGGCGUCGUCAUAGCAACAGAGAAGAAGCACAAGUCAGUUCUGUACGACGAGCACAGCGUGUGCAAAAUUGAGAAGAUCACCAAGAAAAUUGGCAUGGUCUACAGCGGCAUGGGACCAGACUACAGGUUAUUGGUGAGACAAGCUCGGAAGUUGGCCCAGGGUUACUUCUUGACGUACCAGGAGCAGAUUCCAACAGCUCAGCUCGUCCACAAAGUGGCAAAUGUCAUGCAGGAAUACACACAGAUUGGCGGUGUGCGUCCGUUCGGCGUGUCCCUCCUCGUCGCUGGCUGGGACGAGGACGAUGCCAAGCCCUUCCUCUUCCAGUGCGAUCCUUCAGGGGCCUACUUCCCCUGGAAGGCCACGGCCAUGGGCAAGAACCACAUCAAUGGCAAGACCUUCUUGGAGAAGCGGUACAACGAGGACUUGGAGUUGGAGGAUGCAGUCCAUACCGCUAUACUCACUCUCAAGGAAAGUUUUGAAGGGCAGAUGAACGAGGAUAAUAUAGAGAUAGGAAUCUGCAACGAGAGUGGAUUCCGCCGACUGGAACCAGCUGAAGUAAAGGAUUACCUAGCAUCAAUAGCAUAGCAUCAUCAUAGCGUCAAUUAUACGACCAACACCUGUAAAGUACGUACAUGUAAUGUAGACUCUUGCACUACUGAUGUGAGUUGCCUCAGGGAACCCACAUCCUUGUUACUCAGUAGACCCCUGUACUGAUGACGCCACACUUUGUGUGUGUGCUUUGCUAUGGUUGUCAGUGGGCCAUGGGUCCCCACUGGCUCCAUAGGAAGGUGCGUGUAAACCACAGUGCGAUGCCAUCUGCACUUACGCCUAUUCCUUUUAGAGAUUUGAUUUUGACAUUUUAACAACAUAUGAUUUUUUUUCAACUUUGUCAACACAGCUUCAAGUGAUAUUUGACCACUAACUCAUAUCAGUGUUGUAUUCGAAUUGUGUCAUACCGAGCCAUUCUCGCUAGACAAACACGAAUAUAGAUUCUUGUUUAUAAUUUUGUUGAACUGAUGCAGCAAUGACCUGAAAUCCCUGUCAUUAUGAAGUUUGAUACAUUUUAUUUUUGAAGACGCUUACCUAGGCACAGAUUGCUACGUUUAGGAACCUGUCUUAUUUUGGCCUGUUCAGCUUUUUUAGCCUGUAGGCACAUCAACAAAGAUGCCAAAAGUCAAUAUGACCUAAACCCUCAAGCCAUUGAUAGCUGAAUCCACAGACAAGUAGUCUGCUAGACUUUCUGCCACUGUCAGUCAUCAGUCACAUGCAAUGUAACCUCAGUUUUUGUAUUUAAAUGCUGUUCAUGCGAACUAAGGAGCCCACUUUGGUUUGUAAUUUUGUCAUCUGAAAAGUUUGAAAGAAAAUAAAACUAAUUAAUACAAGAUGA